CCCUUGUCCGACUCCUUUGGAUCUUGAGACAUUCUAACGUACUUAGAACGUUUCACUUUCAUCUUCCUCCACAAACAUAACCCAAACCUCUCUCUCUCUCUCUCUUCCCCCAACUUCGAUCUCCACCAACAAGAUCAGCUCAAACCCCUCUUUCAUUUUCCAUCUCCAUCUCUAAUACAGAGUAUGGCACCAGGAAAGUCCCGUAACAGCAAGAGGCCGUCAUCCUCAUCAACCUCGUACGCAUCGACAGUGACAACAGUGGUGUUCAUAGCACUCUGUGUUUUGGGUGUAUGGAUGCUAACCUCCACCUCUGUAGUUCCCCCACAACCCACCACUCGAACUGCCACCACUACUACCACAAAUCACCAAACCGCCAGCAAAGAAUCCCAAACCAUCAGCAAAUCCAAUGGCAAAAAGGACAUUUCCGUCUUCGAAGACAAUCCCGGUGAUCUCCCACUCGAUGCCAUCAAAUCCGACGAUGACGCUAAUGAUAACAGUAAGUCUCAGCAGGAUCAGAAGUCGGAGUUGUUGACAGAGAUUUCCAAGGACUUGAUGAUCGUGGAAAAUGUUGGUGAUGGUAUAAAUGACAAGCAAGGAACAUUACAAGGUUUACCGGGAAAAGAAUCAGCUGAAGAGCAGGAAAAGCAGAAAGAAAGCGAGAAUCAGAUAUCUGAGGAAACCUCUUUGAUCACCCAAAACCAGCAAGCUACAGAAACCGGCCAGAAAGGUGCCUCUGAUCAGUCGUCCGAGGAAAGGCAGCAAACAAGUAAUGAGGGAAGCGAAGAAAACCAAAAGGUUGAAGAGGGUAUCAAGACUGUCUCCAAAAACAGUGAAAACUCACAAGAAUCAGAGAACCAAAAGCCAGGCGACCAGGAUCGAUAUCAACUGCAAGAUGGUGUACGCAAGGAAAAUGAAAACCUUCAGGAGUCUCAGAAUCGUAUCACAUCAGAUGACGAACAAGAACAACGUCUACAACAGCAACUACGAGAAGAUCAAAGCCGUGAAAACACCCGAGAAACUCGGAAUGACGAAGAUAAACAACAACAACAACAACACGUCGAAAGCAAUGAAGAAAACUCAGAGCAGAAUAAACAAGAGUUCCAAGACGUGACCAGGGACGGACACCAACAACCCCAAUUAGUACCAGCAGAGGAUCAAGAAUCUCAACUAAUUAUCAAAGAUGAGAGACAAGAAGCCCAGCAACAAGAAGAAACUCGUUCGAACGAAGAAGCCAAAGAGGAGACGAACAAGGAAGCUAAGGCCACGGAGUCCAACUCGGGGGAGUCGUUCCCAGGUGGGGGGGCUAACACGGUGAUCCCAAAGGAGUCCAAGGAGUCAAAGAAGUCCUGGUCGACUCAGGCUGCUCAGUCAGAGAACGAGAAAGAGAGACGCAAGGACCAAUCGAACGCUAACGAUAGCAUCUACGGGUACACGUGGCAGCAAUGUAACGUAACGGCCGGUGCUGAUUACAUACCUUGUUUGGACAACGAGAAGGCGCUGAGACAUUUGCGCACGACCAGACACUUCGAGCACCGGGAGAGGCAUUGUCCGGAGGAGGGACCCACGUGCCUGGUCCCGUUUCCGGAGGGGUACAAGAGGCCCAUCGAGUGGCCCAAGAGCCGAGAUAAGAUAUGGUACCACAACGUACCACACGCGAAGCUUGCGGAGGUGAAGGGGCACCAAAACUGGGUGAAGAUGACGGGUGAGUUCUUGACUUUCCCCGGCGGUGGAACCCAAUUCAUACACGGCGCGCUCCACUACAUUGAUUUUCUUCAACAGUCGGUAGCAGACAUCGCUUGGGGGAAGCGCACUCGAGUCAUUUUGGACGUUGGCUGCGGGGUUGCUAGCUUUGGGGGUUUCCUUUUCGAACGAGAUGUUCUGACCAUGUCUUUUGCACCAAAAGAUGAACAUGAAGCUCAAGUUCAGUUUGCCCUUGAAAGGGGAAUACCUGCAAUAUCUGCCGUCAUGGGUUCUCAACGCCUUCCAUUCCCAAGCAGAGUCUUCGAUAUCGUGCACUGUGCACGUUGUAGGGUGCCUUGGCAUGCAGAAGGUGGUAUGCUUCUUUUGGAAUUGAACCGCAUUCUACGACCAGGGGGUUACUUUGUUUGGUCGGCUACUCCCGUGUACCAGAAACUCCAAGAAGAUGUGGAAAUUUGGAAAGAAAUGUCUUCACUAACGGCGUCCAUAUGUUGGGAGCUUGUCACCAUCAAAAAGGAUAAACUAAAUUCAGUUGGUGCUGCCAUCUACCGCAAACCCAGCUCAAAUGAUUGCUAUGAUCAGAGAAAGCAUAAACGUCCUCCGAUGUGCAAAAAUGAAGAUGAUCCAAAUGCUGCUUGGUAUGUGCCUCUGCAAUCAUGCAUGCAUCGAGUGCCUGUUGACGAGGCUGAGAGAGGGACCCAAUGGCCCGAGGCUUGGCCCCGUCGAUUGCAAACCCCUCCUUACUGGUUAAAUAGCUCCCAGAUGGGGAUUUAUGGAAAACCAGCUCCUCAAGAUUUUGCAGCAGAUCAUGAACAUUGGAAGCAAGUGGUGAGCAAGUCAUAUAUGACCAGUUUGGGUAUCAGUUGGUCCAAUGUGAGGAAUGUCAUGGACAUGAGAGCUGUCUAUGGGGGGUUUGCAGCAGCUCUGAAGGACCUUCAAGUGUGGGUUAUGAAUGUGGUGAACAUAGACUCUCCGGACACACUUCCCAUAAUCUAUGAGCGUGGCCUUUUUGGGAUAUACCAUGAUUGGUGCGAAUCCUUUAGCACGUACCCACGUACUUAUGACUUGCUGCAUGCCGAUCAUCUUUUCUCCAAGCUGAAAAAGAGGUGCAAACUUGCUCCUGUAAUGGCAGAAGUUGAUAGAAUAGUCAGACCUGGAGGCAAAUUUAUUGUCCGUGAUGAGUCCAGUACAAUUGGAGAAGUUGAGAACUUGCUGAAGUCAAUGCACUGGGAGGUUCGUUUAACCUUCUCCAAGAACCAAGAAGGGAUGCUCAGUGCACAGAAAGGCAACUGGCGGCCAGAAACAUAUGUAGAUUCUUCCUGAUCAAGGCGAGAACAUAACAUUCGUUUCUAGUUAAAAUGGUGCUCUUCGACAUUCUGGAGGCUGGCAUCUUUAGCGCAGCGUAGUAUCAUUUGCUGUAAUCAGCAGGUAGAUGAGUUGUUACAGUUGUCGAUUGUUUGUCAAACUGUGAGAUACACAAUCAACGCAGUAAUUAGCUAAUUUUGGCAGAAAUUAGCCUUCAACCCAGCCACGGGCCGGCACCGGCACCGCUGCAGUUUUUUUUUUUUUCCUGUAUUUUGGGUAUGCUUUGUUUUUCGGCUUCGGUCGACUCGGGUUUUUGGGUUUUUUUGGGAGGUUUUGUUGGGGGUUCAGGAGAGUUUUUGGGUUUUUGAUGGGGGAUUCUACUGUACUUUGGAGGGGGCUUCUACUGUUUUUGGGUGUUUGAUGGGGGUUUUCUGUUUUUGGGUAUCUGGUGGGGGAUUCUACUGUAUUAUGGAGGGGGCUUCUACUGUUUUUUAGUGUUUGAUGGAGGUUUUCUGUUUUUGGGUUUUCUUUUGUGGAUUAGUUGGGUUGUUCCUGUGUAUACUACAUGUGUACUUAGGAGCGCCUUACGCUUUUUUUAAUAAAAUUUCUUACUUAUCAAAAAAAGAUCUUA